AUGUCUAAUGUUAUUUUCUUUCGCUCCCACUGGAGGGCGCUGUUUGUCAAAGUGCGGAAGCUUGAAAAGCACAGCGGCCAUUUCUCAGCAGAGAGAUUGCGUGUUCUUCUUCCAAUCUGUUGUGUAAGCCCCUUAAAAAGCUUUGCUUAUUGGUGCUAUCACUUGCCAUAUUGUAGUGACGUUGUUUGGCCCACGAUUGCAGAGAGAGACUGCAAUGGCACUCGGCAGUCUCCAAUAGACAUUGUAACUGCUAAUGUCCUGCCUGAUGCUAAUCUAAUGUCCUUUAAAUUUACUGGUUAUGAUGACGACACAACAUUUUAUGAAAUUGAAAAUAUUGGCUAUACAAUUCAGAUUGCACUUGAUCAAGAAAAAAUGCAAAUGGAAGGAGGUGGUCUGCCGGGAUUGUUUAUCAGUACUCAGUUUCAUCUUCACUGGGGUAUGGGCAGUGCCAUGCCUGGAUCUGAACAUGCAGUAGAUGGCAAAAGAUAUCCCAUGGAGUUGCACAUAGUAAACAAGGCAGUAGAUGAUCCAAAUGUAUUGGCUGCCCUUGGUUUCUUUAUUGAGGCCACUAAUGACACUGGGAAGCCAAAGAGCUGGAAGACCUUGACAUCUUAUCUUGCAAAAAUUGCCAAUGCAGGCGAUAAAGUGUGCAUCACCCAAUAUAUAUCCAUGGACGAUUUGCUCCCCGAAGUUGACCGAACUAAAUAUUACCGCUAUCUUGGUUCUUUGACCACACCCAACUGCAAUGAAGGUGUGGUGUGGACAAUCUUUAAAGACCCUAUUAAAGUCAGCCAAGAUUUGAUUGACCUGUUCAGUACAACUGUCUACAUCAACAAGGUGUCCAGCUCACCCCUAAUGACCAACACUUUCAGGGGGAUCCAGCCCAUCAAUGGCAGAAUUGUCGCAUCACAAGUAACUAGUACUAUUUUAUCUUCCGAAACAAACCCUUGUUUUUGAGGCUCCUCUUUUUCGCAGACCACUGUAUCGAUCUCAACAUUUGAUGUUGAAACUGAUGCAUACUUUUGAUGUACAAAUGGUAUGGUGUGGUGCGUUGCGUUGCAUUUUCUAAUAAAAAAAUCCUAUAAGCUGAAUUUUAACUGACUGUAUAGAGAAUUGGCUUUGCACAAAUCCAUCUCAAGUAUGUUCUAUGUAGAUUGAAAUUUUACCUGUAUCGUGCUAGUCUAUUGGAGUUGUUUUUAAGUGUGUAAUGCUGCUGAAAAAAUUGCUAUUAAAAAUGUUUCAGCCCAAUAUCUGUCAGCUCAAAUGGAUCUGUAGACCGUUUCAUCUAAACAACAUAAACAAACGUUACUGCACAUGCACACUUUUGUGACCCCCAACUUAACUUCAGGUACACAUUCACAAACAAUACAGUGCCUGUAGAUUAUUUCUGAUAACAAUCAAAAGAAACUGAGAAGAUUUUGCUAAACUUGUCUCUCCAAUAUUUUGAAUUUAGACUGCAAUACCAGUCUAAGUCUACCAUAUGGUUUUAAAUGCGACCAAAUACAGGACUCAUUCAACAAAUUGUUUAUUUAUUUAUUGCAAAAAAUCUAGUUGUUUGGAAUUUGCUUAGUGCGCUCAUACACAAUAAUAACAAACAUUUGGAUCCAUACAUAAAUACAUACACAUACAUGCAUCCAACUGUAGAUAUUUGUCCCAUCAAUUAUAAAGAGUGAGAUGUAGACGCAAAAAUACCCAAGGAGUUAAGAGAAUGAACAAUCCUACAAUAAGUACUGUUCAGAAAGCGUGUAGACUUGGUUUUAAUUGCUCUAAGGCGCCUGCCUGAAGGAAGAGGCGUAAAGAGGUGUCUGGCUGGAUGUAAAGAAUGUUUCAAAAUUGUUAAACCUUUUUUCUGCAAACAUGAGACAUAAAUCUCAUCAAUAGUGCGAAGAUAACAGCCAAUAAUUUUUGAAGCAGCCCAAAUAAUAUGAUGAACCUGCUUUCUCUGCUGAACUGUGGAGCUACCAUACCACACUAAUAAAAUGAACAUACAACAAAAUUCAACAAAUCAUUUAUUUAUUACACCACAAAACGAUACAAAUUAAUAUUAACACAAAUAAAAUAUAAAUAGUUAUAUUAUUAGACAUUUGCCAAACACAAACUGGGGGUCAGGUGGUCUGUUGAAAUGGUCUAUAGAGGUCAUAAAUGACUCCUAAUGAUUAUUCUGGUUAAGUGCACUUUUAAUGUAGUUAGAGUUGAGUGGGUGGUUUAUGUAAUUGAAACACUGUUAAACUUACCGUAAGUCGUGGCCUAAUGGUUAGAGAGUCGGACUAGUGACCAGAAGGUUGCAGGUUCGAUUCCCAGAGCCGGCGGGUAACGAAUGAGGUGCCCUUGAGCAAGGCACCUUACCCCUACUUGCUCCCCAGGCGCUGCAGUGGAGCCACUGUACGUGUGUUCACCACUUGCUGUGCGUGUGUUCACUACUCUCUGGAUGAUGCAGAGGUCACAUUUCGGGUAUGUGUCACCAUAUCUGACUAAUAGGUCACUUUCACUUCACUUUAUAUAUUUCUGUAAACAUCAGGAUGUUGCUUCGAACCUCAAUGAUCUAAUGCAUAUGGCUAUAUCAUAGUUUAACGUGCAUGUAGAAUUUUUUUGUAUUUUAUCUGUGGCUAUUUAUUUUGUUUUUGAACGAUGCAUGUUUAAAAUAUUGAUUAUUCAAGCUUUAUUCAAUCUAUGGGUAAUUUGCGCACAAAGAGGUUCUAUUUGUCAAGAGCUAUUAAUUUAGCGUUCCAAAUAAAAAAAAGGUACAGUAUUGCCAGUGGUCACAUAAAACCCUAGAAGUAUGCUGCUCUUUUGAACACAAAGAAAUAUAUUUGGAAUAAUGUUUGCAAGUGGCAUUUCUUGGAUUUCAAUGACUACUGUACUAGAAAAAAUUACAAUGGUAUAGUCAAAGGUGCCCCAGAACUGUUUGCUUUCCUAAAUUAUUCAAAAUAUAUAAUUUUGUGUUUAACAGGACAAAAAAGGUACAAUCAUUUUUCCUGCUAUGGUAGUCAAUGAUGUACCAGAAACAUAAACAAAGAUCUAUUUUUGCGUUCAACAGAACAAAGAAAUCUGUACAGGUUUGGAACAAUUUGAGGGUGAAUAAAUGACAGAAUUUUAGUUUUUGAGUGGAGUACCCCUUUAAAAGUGCUUUUAGAGAGACUUCACACAUGGGUCUUUAACCAGAUAUUGACAUCUGACCUAUCAGUAUGAUAAAAAUUCCAUGGAAAUUUAAGCUUUCAUCAGUAUGAUAAAAAUUCCAUGGAAAUUUAAGCUUUCAUCAAAGUUUUUAUUGACCACAAAAAAGACACUUGCAUUAAAGCUGGGGUUCUUAGACUGUAGGACAACUGUUAAAUGCAAAUAUGUUAACUAACCAAAUUACAGUACAGUCCAAAGUUUGGAUAGCAAAGCGCAUAGGUGAAACCCUGAAGUCUUUUCAUUUAGAUUCAUCAUUUGGUAGGUAGGUUUCAAGACUUGACAGGUUGCAUGACAAAUAUCUGUAAGUUCAGUUGUAGACAAACAUUGUUUGUUCUGACCACAUUGUGUUUUGUAAAACACUGUAUGAAUGAUAAAGGGCUCGACAUAGUCCAUGCGAAUUGCGCUUUCAUUCUGCGUUUGGGGGUAAAACGAAUUUAGUGUUUUGAACAAUCCAACACCCCUUUGUUUCUGGAGGCAGGGUUUACAUGACGUAUCCAAAUAGCCUCUGCGCACGUGGCCACACAAACAACACACCCACCUACUACGUAAUGGCCAUGGACCAAUGGUGGCUCGAGGGUGUUUACCGGCCAACACAAACUUUCCCGGAGAGCUGUGUUUGGUUUGCUAAUGCGAACUAGUGAAACGAAUUGUAGUUUGGACCAGAUUUUGUUCGAAAUCAGGUCACAGAUGGUCGUUUUUCGAUUUCGAAUGUAGUAUGCUGAGCCCUUCAGAGUGCAUUAAAAAACAUUUAGAGGCAUUUUAAAACCAAACACCUCAUGAUUCUGCAUUUUGUUGUGCCUAUGCAGUAAUCAAUUUCAUUGUUUGAUUUUAAGGACUUUUUUAUUUCAUACAAUAAACAAUUUUGAUACUCAUGGUCACUGUCAGCACUUAUUAAAACCUACGGUUGGGCUCCACUGGUAUUAUUAGCUGGUCUGUAAUUGCAUUUUAAUAAAAAGAGACAAAGGAUGUUUCUGAUGUUAUGUGUGUCACCAUUCAUUGUCUAAACCUACAUACCGGACUAAAUUACCCAUCAUCCAUUGCACCUCAUCAGCCAUAUUGAUUACACCCGCACCUGUUCCUCAUAAACCCGGAUUCUUUAUAAACUUACCUCACACCACUUGUCAUGUGGCCUAUCUCACGAAGCGAGGUGAACAAACACUGAGUUGCUGAGUUGCAGACCAAACCAGACAAACCCAACUUGGUUUAGAUCAGGGGCUUGUUUCAAUCAGGAGGUUCAACCAACUCUAGGUUAAACCUUGAACUCAGAGUUGGUUUACUUAGAAAUUAGAAACUUUGAGUUUUUGGUUUCAGAACAGCUGGGGCAUGUUCAAGCUCAAGCCGGUGUGCAACGUUUUGCUACGGUUUCCGGGUUGAAUGACACGUUUCCUGGAAACGGUUUGCAACGGUGUGCAACAGGGUUUGAGUUUGGUGGGUGUGUCAAGAAUGUCAGCCCAAUCAGCAGCAACAUGUGUAUAACCCACGCGGUAUUAAAGAGACAGCUCGCACAAUGGGUCCACCUAAAGUCGUUAUGUGUCCGCUGCAGCUCGGUAUACGCAACAAUUGAAGAUAUUAGAAGAGAUGUAUUUUGCAGUAUUCAACACGUAUUUAUACCGAUUUCAUCAGGCUCCGAAAAUUCUUCAAAAAGAACACAAAGAAUGGCCUUCUCAGCUAGUUCAACUCUUGCGUCAUCACAACAGGGUGUUCAACCGCACCACCGUUUCCGUUUAAAAAACGUUUUGCAAAGUUUUGUCGGGGCUGAACGCAGCCCUGAUUUGAGUUAGUUCAAUUUACUCUGGGUAGGCUUACCCUCGGUUAAGCACGUGCACCACGACUAUAAAAAGUCAUCAUCAAUGGAGCUCCGAUAUUACGAUUCACCAUGGCAAUGGCACCAAAAAAAGCAACAUGGCGGCAGAAAGCAUUUGAGAGUGAGGUACACUUUCCGCUCUGCAUACAGUGGAUUUACUGAUGUCCUGAAAAUGACUUUUUGAAGUUUAAAUUUAUAAAUGUACCAAUAAACAAAUAAAUUAAU